AUGGCAACGGAAGAUAACCCGGGGGCCCCCUCUCAGGGGGGCCCCCAGCACAGUGCGCCGGAUGCAGCUGCUGCUGCAGCUGCAACUGCUGCAACAACUGCAGCAGCAACAACAGAUGGAGCAGCGGCACCAAAGAAACGCAGUCGAUGGGACCAGAGGCCCCCUCAACUGCAGCAGCCGCAGCAGCCGCCGCCGCAGCAGCAGCAACAACCCGUCAGUAUAGAGUGUGGGGCUAAGGAGGAGGCUGGUGCUGCAUGGCACAGCAACAGCAGUCACAGAAGCAGCAGCAGCAGCUAUAGCAGCAGCAGCAGCAGCUACAGCAGCAACAACAGCUACAGUAGAAGCAGCUACAGCAGCAGCAGUUACGGCAGCAGCAGCUACAGCAGCAGCAGCAGCAGGGAUGCAAGCAGCAGGAGACAUGAGAGCACCAGCAGCAGCAGCCAUGGAGGUCGAAUCAGCGGGUGGGGCUGUCAGACUCCAAGUAGCAGCAGCAGCAGCAGCAGCAGCAGCAGCCGCAGUGUGCCGUACAGGAGGGGCUUUGAUGUAGGACCUGAGGCAGCAGCAGCAUUGCAGUCCUCCCCUUACCAACCCCUGCAACAGCAGCAGCAGCAGCAGCAUGGUAGCAGCAGCAGUAUAUACAGUGGAAGCCAAUGGAGAGGCAGCAGCAGCAGCAAAAGGAGAAGCCGCAGCAGCAGCAGGGGUCGCCGCAGUCGCAGCCCAAGCCGCCGGCGCAGCAACAGCAGGGGCCGCUGCGGCAGCAGCAGAAGCCGCAAUAAUAAUAAUAAUAACAGCAGCAGCAGCAGCAGCAGCAAUGCUGCUAGGCCUAGAAGGCAUUGGGAUACAGGGGGGCCCCCCUUGACGUCGUCGUCUGCUGCUGGGGGCCGUUGGGGGCCCUCGUGGCAAUCUGGCCCUCCCUCAGAUGGCCGCACAACAACAGCAGCAGCAGCAGACUACAGCAGCAGCAGCAGUAGCAGCAGCAGAGCAGCAGAAUUUACAGCAGCAUCAGCUGCUGCUGCUGCUGCUGCUGCUGCUGAUUCAGCUUCGCCGUGGGAGAGUAGUAGCUGGAGGUCAGCCACACGCCCUCCUCGUGAUUGCAUGCAGCAGCAGGAGCAGCAAAGACCGCAAGUGCUGCAGCAGCAGCAGUGGCAGCAGCACCCAGUGCAGUCCCCGCUUUCAGGCCAGUCAUCUGUUCGAGGUCCUGCUGCUGCUGCACCUGGUAGCCUCUGCGGUGCAGGAUCCACAGCCUCGCCAGCAGCAACAGCAGCAGCAGCAGCAGCAGCAGAGGAUCCUGAGGAGACAGCACGAGUGUGGGGUGCAGCAGCAGCAGCAGAGAUCCGUUCCCUUGCGGAGAGAGCGGAUCUGUCCCUUCCUGCUGCUGAUCCUGAUAACCCUUGGGGGGACUGCAGGGAAGCAGAGCUGCAGAAGCUGGAGGCGUGGGGCCGUGCUGCUGUUGCUGCUGCAGUGCAGCGCGGCUGCGGUGGUGCUGCAGCAGCAGAUGCAGCACUUAUGGAGUAUAAAAAAGUCCUGUUGCAGCAAAGACAAGCGCUUGCAGCAGCAGGGACACCCGUUGAAGACAUGCACCUAUUCACAGACACGCCCCCUAACAAGCCGCAGCAGCAGCAGCAGCAGCAGCAGCAGCAGCAGCAGCGGCAGAAGCACCAGCGAGAUAGCCGAGGAAGAGACAGCGAGGCGAGGCCCAAGAGACGCUCGUUGAGUCCCGCAGCAGAUUCACAACCGACUGCAGCAGCUGGAAGAAGUGCUGCAGCAGCAGCAACAACAGCAGCAGCAGCAGCAGGAAGAGGGAAGGCAGCAACGCCGGGAGCUACGAAGCUGUCGGCUACUAAGCAGCAACGUGACAAAGAUUCUGCUGCUGCUGCUGCUGCUGCUGCUCCGGAUGCUGCAGCAGCAGCGGGAGAUAAUCGUAAAAGUAGUCCCACCAAAGCAGUGGAUUCCCCUCACAGCCACAAAGAUGCUGCAGCAGCAGCAGAAGCAGCAGCAGCACCUGCUGCUGCUGCUGCUGCUGAGCAGCAGGGAGUCAAGCGAACCGCUACCGAGGAACAGCCAUGCGGCAGUUUAGCCGAAGAGAGGGAGGCUGGCGGGGCCGAAGGAGGAGGAGCAGUAGAGGCAGCAGCAGCAGAAACAGCUGUAGGUGAUGCAGCAGAAGAAGCAGCAGAAGCUGCUGGCGAUGACACACAACAGGACGAUGUUGCGGAUGCGUCAGAAGACACAGCAGCAGACGCAGCAGCAGCGCAAGCAGCAGUAGAUGCAUCAGCAGACACAGCAGCAGCAGCAGCAGCAGCAGCUGAAGUGGACUCCACAGCAGCAGAGAGGGAAAUUAAGCGCAGCGAAGAUGUUGGUAGUUGGGACGCUCCUGCUGCUACUGCUUCUCCUGCUGCUGCUGCUGCUGCAGAGGCAGACGAUGCAGUGAACCCCCCAACUUGUGACAGUUGUUCGGAGGAUACAAGCAAGCAGAAGCAGGAGGAGCAGCAACAGCAGCAGCAGCAGCAGCAGCAGAUGCUGGCAAAAGAGGAAGAUGUACCGAUUGAGCAAGAUCAGGAUGACACAGAGGAGCAGGGUGCCGCAGAUGAACAGGCGGAGCAGAAGCAGCAGCAACAGCAGGAGGAGGAACAGCAGCAACAGCACCAGGAACAGCAGAAGGAGGAACAGCAGCAGCAGCACCAGGAACAGCAGAAGGAACAGCAGAAGGAAAAGCAAGAGAAGCAGCGAAAGGAGCAACCAGAGGUGCAGCAACAAGAGCAGCAAGAGGUGCAGGAAGAAGUGCAGAAGCAGGAACGGCCGUCCGCACAGCAAGAAGCUGAGGGGAGAGAGGAGGCCGGAGAAGAGCAGCAGCAGCAAAAGCAGCAGCAGCAACAACAGGAUGAGCGGCAUGCCGAGGAAUCGGUGUCAGGAAAGAAGGGGAAGAGUCAGAAGGCAGCAGCAGCAGCCAAAGCCAGCAGCAGCAGCAGCAGCAAGAAAAAAAGCAGCAAGUCUGGAGAAAUUCGUGUGUCUCGCGAGCUUUGGGGUCUGCUGCAGGAGAACUACCAGCCUUUAGAGCCGCGUAGGAGUGCAGCACGCAGCAGCAGCAGUAGUAGUAGUAGUAGCAGCAGCAGCAGCAGCAGUAGCAGCAGCAGCAGCAGCAGCAACAGUGCGUCAGCAAGUCGCAGCAACCAGACGAAGAGUGCUGAGGUGCCACAGAAAAAAGAACAGAAGCAUCAGCAGCAACAGAAGCAGCAGGGGAAACAGCAGCAGCAGAAGGAGCAGCAGCAGAAGCAGCAGCCGUCAUCGGCAGAGGGAGAGACGUCAGGGAGCGGGCGAGCGUCUACCUCGAAAGCAGCAGCAGCAACAGCAGCAACAGCAGCUGAAGCAGCAGCAGCAGAGGCUCAGACGGAGAAGCAACAGAACGGAGCAAAGCCGGCGGCAGCAGCACGUGGCAAGGCAUCAGCAGCACCAGCAGCAGAAGAUGCAGCAGCAGAAGGAGCAGCAGCACCUGAGGGAUCGCCGGAAGCAUGCCCCGAAUCACCUGCAGCAGCAGCAGCAACAACUGCUGCUGCUGCUGCUGCUGCGCCUACAGAAUCUGCAGCAACCGAUGCAGCAGAAUCUGCACCCUCUGCGAAAGGGUCUCAAGACACGACAGCUGCAGCAGCAGCUGGUGCAUCGGAAGGGGAAGGCCUCGAGUCACUGCUUGCUGCUGCUGGCAUUCGCUUGACUCGAACUAUGUUGAAGCAGCUGCAGGAGCCAGCGGAACCUCAGCAGCAGCAGCAGCAACAGCAGCAGCAGCAACAACAGCGGCAGCAACCAGCGCAGCGGCCAGCUAAGCCUGCUGCUGCGAAGCCAGCAGGUACAGCAACAGCAGCAAAAGAGAAGGAGGUACCGGAGGAUCCAUUUGCUGCCUACGGGCAGAAGCUUGAAUUCAGAGAGGACAGACAAGGCUGCCGUGUCCGUGUCGUACGGGGCUGGAAGGAUCGUCAAAGUUUAGAGACAUACGAUUGGGGCGAAGGAAUAAUAAAAUUUUAUUUGCCGAAAUUUCGGUGUAUUUUUAUUCAUUUUUUAUUAAAUAAGAAUAAAAAAGAAAUUUGUUCUCUUAUAGAUGCACCAUCUAUAUAUCUAAAAGGAGACGAUUUACCUUUAUCUCCUGAGGAGACACAUAGAGGAUGGUACUCUCUUAACAAUGAUAUUAUUCGUCUUGUAUCAUCACAACCUGUAUGGACAAGACCAGACUUCCCCCUACCGAUGCAGCAACAAAAGGAUAAGACACAUGCACCUAAACAACAACAACAGCAGCAGCAGCAGAAGCAAAGCGAUGCUGCACAAACAACAACUGAACAUACACAAGAGGGAACUACAGAUGCAGCUGCACCACAGACACACCCGCAAGAUAAAGAUACUAAGAGUAACAGCCCCACUGACAGCAGCAGCAGCAACAACAACAAUAACAAUAGCAGCAGGAGCACCAAGUGCAGCACACGGUGCCGAAGCUGCAGCAAACCAGUCUACUACAUCAUGACUCCUGGGCAGCCAGUAGAGGCGCCGUCGGAGAUUGUCCCUUCGGAGCUGCUUGCUAGCUAUCCUUCUUGGGUGCAGCCGACAGCUGCUGCACGUGCUGCAGCAGCAGCAGCAGAAGCAGCAGUAGCAGGAGACUUGUCUCAAGCGCCCACAUCAGCAACCAGUAAUGCCAACAGUACCAACGACAACAGCAUGAGCAGCAGCAGCAGUAGCGUGUCUGGGUCUUCUCUAUGGAUGUCUCCCCACGCGUUGUGCAUGGAGGCAGCUCGUCACCGCAAACUAGUUGCAGAGAGGGAGACGGCUAUCGAACGGCACAAAAAGGAGAGAGAGGCAGCAGCAGAAGGCAGCAGCAGGCGCAGCAGCAGCAGUAACAGCAGCAACAGAGAAAGCAAGUACUACCGCUAUGAGGCUGUCCCUUCCCAGGCAGCAGAACAGCAGCAGCAGCAGCUUCAAGACUCGCUUGAAGAGGGCGGGGCUAUGGGGUCAUUGCUGCUGCAGCAACAGUCGGAAGAAGGCGCAGACGAUGCAGGGAGCGGCUGGCCAUUAUCUCCUAGCAGCGUUGUCUACGAUCGUUCGCGCAAAUGUUUUUUGAGUACAUUUAUGGUACCUGCUCGUACAGUAUCUUUACCAAUGGGUUUAUCUGCUGCAGCACGAGCAGGUUUGCUGCAGGGAUUUCGUAAGCAGCAAGAAGCAAAGACAUUAAGAAGAUCUUUUUCUCUUAGCCGUUUCUGUACAAUGCCCCUUGCCUUCUCUAGAGCUCUGUCUGCCCUGCUAACAAGACAAGGAACACUACAUUGGAGACUAUCAAGGCAUCCAGGAGAAGAAAUGCAGGGUAUACAAGAUACACCUGCACCACCAGUACUAGUCAACGUCAAACAGAAGCAGCAGCAGCAGCAGCAGCAGCAGAAGGUGCAGCAGAAACAGCAGCAGCAGGUGCAACAGGAGGUGGUGCCGAAUGAGGACAUGCAGGUAGAUAAGGAACAACAGCAUGACGAAAAGAAGCAGCAAGAGACACCCAAACAAUCACCCUCGAUAAACAAUGAAGAAGAGGGCAUGCUAGUGGAUAACGAGCUGGCAGACACACAGCAGCUGCAGCAACAAGAACAGCAGCCGCAACAACAAGAACAGGAGCAAGAACCAGAGAUGCAGGAACAAUCUGAACGGCAGCCACAGCAAUCGGAACAGCAACUGCAGCAACAAGAAGAGAAGCAGCAGGAGCAACAGCAACCCGACGACUCCAACCACCAGCAAGACCCGCAGCAAGAAGGUGAGCAGCAGGAGGAACAGCACCAGCAGCCGCAGGAGGAGCGGGAUCGAGAGCAGGCUCCGCAGGGACCCGAACCGAACCGAGACGAGCAUCAACCACAGCAACAAAAACAGCAGCAGCAGCAGCAGCAGCAGCAGCAGGGGUCCGAUGAUGAUGGUAUGGAGAAACCAAGGAGGCAGCAGCUAAGGGUACAACUUGUCCCUAACCCCCGCAUGAUCUUAGGGCUCGAGGAAGGAGGCCGCAACGAUCGGGGUGCACCCGUCCUGCUGGGCUCCUCCUACCGCUGCGACUCGUGCAGGCGCUGCACCAGCUGCGGUUAUGUCGAUCUCUAUUGGCCAGAGUGUCGGCGCAGCGUAGAUGAGGGUCAGUUUUGUUUUAUGUGCUCAAAGACAUGGGUGGCAGACGGCGCUGGAGGAGACGAUCCCUCGAGCAGCAGCAGCGGAGGUGGAAGCAGCAGCGCCGCUGCUGCAGUCGAGACGUGGGUACAGUGUCCAUCUUGUCGGUCUCCGUCUCGUCGACAACGAUACGAGAGGAUUGUUGCGGAAUUGAUGGCGCAAGAUCGAACAGGAGAUUUCUCCUUCUUGCCAGCAGCUUCUUUCUCCCUCUACUGGCGGGUAGUGCAACGGCCAAUGUGUUUAUCCAUGGUUGCUCAGAAGCUCCGCAGCGGCGGCAACAGCAAUAGCAGUGGCAGCAGCAACAGCAGCAGCGGGAGCGGAUACAGCUCUUUGGGGGCCUUCUUAGGUGAUAUUGCUCUCUUAAUUCAAAAUGUUAAAACACUUUAUAUGCCAAAUACAAGACAAUAUAAAGCUGCUGCUGCAAUGCAACGGAAGGCUAACGAGCUUCUUGCCGGUGUCUUAGAGCUCCCCCACAAAGAACCGCUUGCCCUUCUUGAUGCCCACCCAGAGCCUCCCCCCUGCAGCAGCAGCAGCAUUUGCAGCAGCAGCAGUAGCGGCAAGUUGACUGCAGACAGCGGCAGGUUACCCCCUGUGGAGGAACACAGCAGCGCAAAGCAAGAGAUUCAACACGCCGAAACAAACUAUCCUGCAACCGCUGCAGCAACGCCUGCAGCAGCAGCAACCGCUGCAGCAGCAGCAAAUGGAACUGAAUCGGCAGCUGCCCCCCAGGCCAAACCAUCCUCCGGGCUGCGACGUGGCAGCGCAAAAGGAUUUGCGAGGAGCAGUAACAAUGCUUCUGCCGGGGGAGCAGGGAGUGCUGCUGCUGGUGCCCUAGCAGGUGCAGUAGCGACAGCACUGACAACGCAGCAGCUGCUGCAGCUCAAGUCUGCCGCUGCUGUCAAGGGCAUGCGGCAUCUUCUGCGCAGCCAGAAGCCGCACUUCCCUUGCGGCUUCCCUCUCGCCCCCCUUGCUGCUCUACCUUGUCUCCUACCUCCUCCUGCCCUGCAGUGGUGCUUCAACAGCAGCAACAACAACAAUGAUGAUAGCUUGCACGGGUUGCUGCUGCCGCGAACAUUUAUGUCUCUUCCGCAAGCUCCACCUCCCCCGAAGGGGCAGUCGUUGUACGUGCUGCAGCUACCCGUACACCUGAGCGGGGAAACAGCAACACAAGUUCCAGACCCGCGGCAGCAGGAGCAGCUCCAGCAGCAGCAGCAGCAACAAACCCAGUCAACAAGCCUGGAGGCAAGGCGUAGUGCAGCAACACAGAGGAAGAAACGAAAGAAGGACUUCGACGUGCAGCAACAGCAGGUUCUGUUGCAACCCCCGAAGCGUUCAGUUGCUUCAGGAUCUCUGGCGAGCGGAACAGCAAUUGUUGGCGCUACUGCAGCGGGAGGGGGAGCAGCAACAGCAGCAGCUGCUGCUGCUGCUGUUGCGGCAACCUUGCAGGUGCAUACAGGACGGAUGCCGUCUUGCGUCGCUGUCUUUGCAGCAGCAGCCGAUGCAGUGUCCUACCUGCAGGCCUUUCAUCGCUUAUAUGGAGUGUCAGCAGAGGAGCCGCUCUUUGCUGCUGCUGCUGCUGCUGGAGCAGCUGUUGCAGAGGCAGCUGCACCAGAGCUGUGGCUCGACUGCUGCAGCAUAUGCGGCUCAUUCGGCUACCAGCAACUGCUUCUGUACUGCAGGUGCUGUGGCGAGGCCUUUCACUCUUUUUGCACGGGCUUACCUCCCCCUGGUGCGCUUGUGAAGAAGCAGCAAGUGCUGCUGUCCCUCUGCAGCAGCAGCAGCAACAACAGCAGGUGGAGCGAAGCAGAGUUUCCGGUGACAGCUGCAGAGUGCCCUGCCUGUCUCUCUUGUGUUACCUGUGAAAAGGGGGCCCCUUGCCUGUCCUUGUGGGACCCGCGCAACAUCCGAGAUAGAGCAGCUGCUGCUGCAGCGGGGAUGCUGCCUGAGGAGCAGCAGCAUCAGCAGCAGAUGCACAGACGCCGACUCCGCGGCCAAGCAGAAGCAGGAACAGGAACUGGAGCUGCGGCUGAUCGCAUUCUUGAUGUCUGUCUGUGCAGCGAUUGUGGUGCUGCAGCCCACAGUCGGUGUCUUUGCAGAGUUGAGGAGGUGCUGGCGAAGCAGGACCCCAUGCAGCAGCAACAGCCGCAGCAUCACGGACUGCUGCAGCCGGAGCAGCAGCAGGGACCUUGGGCGUUGCAGCAACCGAUGGCUGAGCAGCUGCGCACAGAAAGAGGAGUUACUUCUAUUUGGGAAGGCGGCAAAGACUUCAAAGGAACUAGGAGCCACUUGCAGCAGCAGCAUCAGCGGACGCCACGGGCUUCUGCAGCAGCUGCUCCUACCAUUCCUGUUCCAGCAACAGCCCCUGCUUCUGCCCCGCAGGCCUUGCAGCAGAAAUUCGCCCCUGAGGCUGCUGCCGCUACACAGCCGCAGCAACAACAGCUGUUUGGUCAGCAGUUGCAGCGGCUACUCCAGCAGCAACCGCAGGAAUCUCUUUUGCAACAGCAAUCACACAACUUCCUCCUGCAGUCGCAGCAACAGCAACUCGCGCCGCAACAGCAAGUCUCGUCGCAACUGCAGCAGCAGCUGCAGCAACAGCUCCAACAACAGCUGCAGGAGCAGUUUCUUUUGCAGCAGAAUACGCAGCAGCAGCAGCAACAACAAGUAAAACAACAGCAAAAUCAGCAACAGCUGCAACAGCAACAGCAGCAACAGCAGCGGCGGCAACAGCAUUUGCAGCAGCUUUUGCAGGAGCGAAUGGAUAGCCUCCAGAAGCACCUUGGGGGUGUUGCAAGGCAACAACAGCAACAACAACAGCAACAGCAGCAACAGCAAGAACCCGGUAAGCCCUUGACCAUGCUUAGGACGGCCCUGCUGCAGCAACAGCAAACCCAGCAACAGCAAAUUGUGCAACGGACACAACAGCAGCAAGGAUAUCAGCAGCAGCAACAGCAUAUGCUGCAACAGAUGCGGACACUGCAGCAGCAGCAGCAGCAGCAACAGCAAGGGCAGCAGCAGCAAAAUACCAUCGACGCCAAUUUGGUAGGUGGCUUGGGUAAUUCCGCUGCGGGUAGUCCCCAGCUGAUGCUGCGCCAGGAGCAACAGCUCCAGCAGCAGCAGCAGCAGCAACUCCAGCUGCAGCAGCAGCAACUGUGGCGGCAGCUGCAACUGGAGAAGCUGCGGGAUACUCCACCAACUGCUGGAGCUGGCAGCAACACAGCAGCCUCCCGUGUUGCUGCUGCCCCUACAGUUGCCACUGAGGGAGCCUCUGCAGGUAUACAAGCCGAUGCAUCAGCACCACCACCCUCUGCAGCAGCGGCUGCACCGCAGUCUCUUGACAUUUGUCGUCGUGUUCUUUCAACAACUACAGCAGCAGCCCCUCUAGCUACAACAGCAACACCUGAUGUAGCAGGACGGACUGCGUCUCCGGGGGACGAAGCGGCAGAACAAAGGCCAGCAGGUGCAGCCACACAAGGAGGAGCAGCAGCAGCUCGUGCUGCUGCUGAUGACGCCUCUGGUGUGCAUCCACAUACGCCUUUGGAUGCAGUGGAGCCUAGCGACGUUGCAGAAGAGGACCAGCAGCAGCAGAUGCAAGCAGACCCUUGCCAUUGCCAACAGCCUCCCUCGCAGCAGCAGCAGCAGCAGUACAGCCAGCUGCAGCAAGGGGAUUCGCGCCAGCAGCCGUUGCUAUGGGGUGGGCCGGCAGCAGCCUUUCAGCAGCAACAACAACAGCAGCAGAGGCCCUCGGUCUCUCCACUGCUUGGCGACGGCAGUGCAGCAGCUGCUGCUGCGGCUGCGGCUGCGGCGGCUCCAACUGGUAGUACCCCGUAUAGUGCGGACACAGCUGUGCUGAAGCAGCAGCUGCUGCAGCGGCAGUCGGCAUUGAUUCUAAGAAAUGAGCAGCUUAUCCAGGCGCUGCAGGGACAGGCUGGGCUUCGCAUAUUAGGUGCUGCUGCAGGUGCUCCAGCUUCAGUUGCUGCAGCUGCGGCCACUGGGCCACGGCCUGUUACCGUGGCGUCGCAGCAGCAGCAGCGGCUGUUUCAAAUGCAGCAAGGUUCUAUGUCUGCAGCAUCGCGGCAACUAAACGCUGCGGCUCUUGCAUUCGAUGGCUUUGACUCCAGGGGCCCCAACUCCUCGCAGCAGCAACAGCAACAGCAAGUUAAGCAGCCCCAGCUUCCUUCACCAUCUAUACAGUGCCAUUUGCUGCCGCGGCCAUUCCUGCACCAGCAGCUGCUGCAGGAGCCGGAGCAGCGCAUCAGUGCAUCCGCUCCCUUGCUGCAACAGCAGCUGCUCCAGCAGCAGUUGCUGCAGCACGUUUCCCUACAGCCGCGUGCAACCACACCUGCAGGAGGCGGAAAUCUCGGCUUGUCGCCUUUGCAGCAACAGCAGCAGCAGAGGCUGCUGCAGCUGCGGCGUGGACCGUGGGGAGUAGCGACAGACGCAUUGGGCUCUUCCCAGGGAGCUGCUGGAACAAUGCUGCUGCAUCAACAGCAGCAGCAGCAGCAGCCAGUGGUGGUGCGGGUGGAAAGCUGCUCCUGGUAUCGGUGUGGAAGACUUUCACUGCUCUGCUGCGACUGCAGCAGCACGAACGUCAAGUCUCCUUUGGCUCUGCGUGCUGCGCUGCAGCCCCUGCAGCAGGAGCUGCUGCUGCUGCCGUCUGCGAGAGGCGUCGUCCGUCAGCAGCAGCAACCGCAGCAGCUGAGAGACGCCUCAGGUGCAGCACCAGAUGCAGGACCAGCAGAAACGGCUGAAGCAACAACAAGUGGAGGAACAGCCACGACGACGCCAGCAGCAGCAGCAAACACCUGCAAGCCAGCAGGAGGGGACGGGGCCGCUGCAGGCAGCAACUACAGAGGUGUAGUGACAGUCUGCGCUCUUUGUGGCUCUCUAACGAAACGUCUCCCUGCUGCUGCAACCGGGGCAGGAAGGAUGGGUCUCCGCAGCAGUAUCAGCAGCAACAGCAGCAGGAAACGACCCCCUGUGUUCGUGCUGGAUGGGCUCGAGGGGCUGUGCGUCAGCUGCUCGGCGCUUGCGGAUGAUGUCGCAGCAGCAGGCACAACAACAGCAUCACCAGCAACAGGAACAACAGCAGCCGUAGGUGCUGGCUCGACUGCCACUACUUUGCCUCUUCAGCAGCAGCAUGGUGGCCUGCAACAGCUGCUGUCGCGUGCGCGAGCAGCAACGGCGGUGUAUUCGCAGCUACAGGCUCUGUUGCAGCAGACGCUGCUGCCUGUGAUUGACUCCUCACAAGGCAGCAGAUCUGUGGGGCUGCCCAGAUGCCCAGAUGGAGCAGCAGCAACAACAACAACAACAGCAAGCCGACGAAAAUUGGAGCAAGCGGAGCUGCGGCUAGCUGUGAACGACCUCACAGCUCAUUUGCUGCGUUCCGUCCAGUGGGAAGAAACGGGCUCCCAGCAACAACAGAAGCAGCAGCAACAGGACGACGAGUAUCGCAAACUUUGCUUGGGUUUGUUCUCGCUGUUGCAUUCUUCCGUCCGUCUGCCUACGGAGUUGUUUAGUUUUGUCUCGUCGGCCUUGCUGCACUGGCGGCCACACGUUAAGAGAGAGGAGCAGCAGCGCGACCCUCAGGUAAGGCAGCGAAUGCCCUGCAGCAACAUCAACAGCACUACGUCCAUCAUCAACACUUGCAGCAGCAGCUCGUUGAAUGAGGUUGGUGUAGCAUCUGCUGCAGCGGCAACAGCAACAUCUCCCCAUGCUCCAUGUGUUGCGGCUCAGGUUAUAGUGGCUUUGGCGCGGGCUUGCGAGAAACUGGCAGCAGAACGAUGCCAGUCUCCAGAAGCUGGUGCUGCUCCCGCUGUUGCUGGUGCUCCUUCUCCUGGCGCGCCCUUGCAGGGCUGCUUGCCCUAUGCAGCUGAAUGGCGGGAGCUGCGCCUUGUGCGGCGACAGCUUUUCUGCAGGCUGCACCGAGCAGUCUGCAGCAUGGAGCGCUCCAACAGCAGCAGCAGCAGCAUUCGUAACAGCCAGAGCGCCGAUUCUGCAGCAGUCCCUUCCCUUCUCGUUCGUCUGCUUGCCCUGCGGCUUCGCACUGGAAACCCGAGGAUUUGCUUUUGCACCAAGUGCAUCAGCAGGAGCCCGUUUGCUGUUGACUUUGAAUGCGGCGCUGCAGCAGGAGACAACCGCUGCUGCUUACUGUGCGGGCAGAAGGGAGAUCGAGUCAUCUGUGGGGCCCUACUUCCGUUGUUGGACGCUUGGGUACAUGCUGGCUGUUGCGCAUGGGCUGUACAUGCAUGUGCUGCGCUCCCUCUGCUCUCCCCAGAGAUGCUGCACCUGGCCGACCCCUUUGGUGCAUUGGGCGAACCGCAGCAGCAUCAGCCCUCUCAGGAGGCCCAUCGACCGUAUCCGUUGGUUGGUGACAUAGAGGCUGCAUCGACUGGUGCGGACCGCAAGGCACUCAGCAACAGCAACAGCAGAUUCAAGGGGCGCGUUCGGCCUUUUGCGGCUCUACCAGAGCAGCUGCCUCCCCUGGAGUGCUCCGCAGACGCGCUGCUUGAAGCUGUUGCUGCUGCGCGCUCCAGCCAAUGUGCUGGAUGCGGACUCAGUGGAGCCUUUGUUGUGUGCAGCGGCUCACAGCAGGGAACAGCAGCAGGGAGCCCUUGCAAUACCCGCUACCACCUAACAUGUUUGCUGCUGGCAGCAGCAGGGCAGGCACCUCUGCAGCAGCAGCAGCAGACGCCAAACACAAUUGCUUCCCGACCCCGAGUCUUCGCAACUCUCCGCCGGUUUUGGUGUCAGAACUGCUGCGACAAGGGACGUGCUGCGGCUGCUACUAACUCUAUUCCGCUGGGAGUUUCUGAUGACCCAGGAGCUUCUGCGUGUACCUCCAUUGCAACACCAGCAGCAGCAACUCUAGAGGAAGCAGCAGAAGAGGACCCACUUUUCGUCUUUCUUGAAGGAGUUGGGGGGGGAGCAGCUGCCGUCGUGCUGCGGCUGCUGCUACAGAGCGUGCGCAUCAAGCCGCCUGCAUAUGGUGCAGCAACCGCUUCCGCUGCUGCAACAGCAGCGGCGGCGGAUGUUGACGUACACCCUCUGGGUGUGGCACUGAGAGAGCUUCCAGCAGCAGCUGCAGCAGAAGAAGAAGCAGGAAGCGAGGGUUCUGCAGCAGCUGCUGCAGCUGAAGCAGUAGUUCUGCUGCAGCAGCUCAUGUCUGACGCACGUGCAGCCCUCUUCGAGGGCUUGUCUAUUCUGUCUCCUGAGCUGUCGCCAUUUGUUGGCGGGCGCAGUUCAGCUGCUUCCCUGCUCCCCCGUGGCUGUGCAGCAGCUGACCUCCGCCAACAGCAGGAGCAACAGCUGUUUGCUUCAACUGCGUCUGCGCUGCUUCGGUACGGAAGCCUCAUGCUGUUGUCGUUGGGGUUACCGCUGCUGUUCGACGGGAGCAGCAGCAGCUUAUUCCCUGUUGGUUAUUGUGCGGCUCGCCGCUUCUGGCUCGCAGAGGCACCGGCGCAUGUCCAUCACCCGUCCUGCAGCAGCAGCAGCAGCAGCAAGAAUGGCGCCCGCAAUCUUCAGAGGGCGACGUACUUGUGCAGUAUUACUGCACACAAGAGACGCCCUUAUUUUGUUUUAGACUGCCUUGCAAAGCCUGCUGGUAGCGCAGCAGCAACAGCAACGACAACCUCAGCAGCAACAACAAACGCAGCAGCAGCAACAAAUGUUUGCGCUGCUUGCAGUUGGGGUUGGCGCGUUGCAGAGGGAUUCGAUUUACAAGAAGUUGUACAGACCCUGCUAGAGCUGCUUCAGCAGCAGCAGCAGCAGCAAGACGAACUUGUCUCCGGCUCCUCAUCGCCAGGUGACGAACCGGCAUCUUCUAAAACGGGGGCCAACAGCAACAUCAGCAGCAGUAACAACGGCAGCAGCAGCAGCAGCACAAACACUGCUGAGUCAGCUGCAGCCUGUGCAGCUGUUGUUACUGAUUCAGUCGCUAGGCCUGAUCCACCUUCCAGUUCGCGCCUCUCGCAGCAGGAGCAGCAGCAGCAGCAGGAAAUGUGUGGAGAUGAAGCGAAUGUGCAGCGUUCAAAGCCGAUAGACUUCUCAUCAAUUGAUGCAGAGGUUUUCUUUGGGCUGAAAUGCCGCUAUGUGCAGCAGCGCCUUCAGGAAAUGGUGGCUCAGCUGUUAGCUGAUCGAGCCCUACAGCAACUGCAGCAACGAGCAGCAGCAAGACAGCGGAAGAAGUGCUGCAGCAGCACUUCCUGGGCUGAAGGAAGCGCCAUCGCAGCAAAGCGCGGAGAAGCCUUUUGCGUGCCCCGCGACCUGCAGUCAUCGGCCGUCGUUAAUGCUGCUGAAGGCGAAGAGCUAUUCACUCGCGUUCACUCCAGGGCUAAGGCGGACGCAGCUGAUGCUGCAGCGGCCCUUGCAGCGAUUGGCUCGGGCUCUUCUCGCCACUCUUCAGGCCGUUUGCGCGCACAGGGAAAGAGGGGAUUUGAGGCGCUGUCGCCGGCUGCUCUUUACAGAUUGCUGCAAGCGGGGGAUCAAGAGGAGCGUCUAGCUGUGAUGCCGUCACGCAUUCACGGCCUGGGACUCUUUACUUUAAUUCCGCUUUCUCCGGGACAGCUUGCUAUUGUGUGUUGUAUUUCAUGUGUCUGUGGGGCUGUCCGGUGCAUGCAGCCCGUGGUGGAGUACGUGGGGACGGUGAUUCGCAAUGUGGUCAGCGACAAGCUGGAGGCCCUCUAUGAAAUGGAGCGUAACGAAGAUGGCUCCUGCUACAUGUUCCGUCUAGACGAGAACUUCGUCGUAGACGCAACUAGAAGGGGCAGCGUCUCCCGAUUCAUCAAUCACUCCUGCGCGAAGCACAUCCUUAUUAUUGCAAAGGAAGAAGUCCCCGCAGGCGCUGAAAUCACGUACGACUACCAAUUCGGGAUCGAAGCAGAAGGAGACAAACUCGUCUGCCUCUGUGGGGCCCCCGGCUGUUUGGGCCGAAUGAACUAG